AUGGAGCUAGAACGCAUGCUAAGCGAACCCGUGCAAGCUAACGGAGUGACGUGGGACGUGGUGUCGCACUUCUUCGAAACGCUAAAGUGGCACUUCCCCGUGCAGAUGCCAGAGCGGAUGAGGGAGUUCGCGUCCUUUAAGAGGAAGUCGGGGGAAUCUCUGCUGGCGACGUACGGCAGGCUGCGGGAGCUCGCGGCGGACAUGGAAUGCCGGGAUGAGUGGAGGUUGGUCUCCAAGUUCCUGAACUGCGUGGACGAGCGCGUGGCUGGGGACGUGAGGAGCAGCGUGUUCGAACUGGGACCCUCAGCCACACUGGAGCACGCGUACGAGCUGGCGAAGAAGCAUGAGAUCGGGCUCCGCCUCUACGAGAUGGAGAGGGGUGUCAUGCACUCCGAGGAGCGCCGCAAGCCAGCCUGGGCGGCGGUAGCGACAGGGGAAUCCUCCAGCAGGCGUGGCCCACGGGAAGCAGAGACUCGGAGAUGUCAUCGGUGCGGACAGGAGGGACACCUGCAGCGCGAUUGCAUUAGGCCUCCACGGUGCGAUCACUGCCAGGCAGAAGGGCAUCUCCGCCGAGAUUGCCCUGAAAUCCCUACGUGCGAAAAUUGCGGGAGGCGAGGACAUCGCACUUCGGACUGCUACAGCCGGAGGCCAGGGUCGGCGGGGCCGAGAAAUAAAGAAGAUCUGGAGGCACAGCUCCGGGUGCUGCAAGCGAGGAUCCAGGAACUGGAAGGCGCGGCCCGGAAGGAGCCCGCCAUGCUGGCCAGGGAAGAAGAGGAAGGGGGCAGUGAGGCGGAGUUCAUGCUCAUGAGCCAGAGCAGGAGAUGA